AUGCUUUCAAGAUACGCUUAUAGACAUCUAGCUACAUCAAGAACUGUUUUUCGUGGCAAGAUAUACUCAAAGAUCAACAGUCGUGAAGAUUUAGAAAAACUUAUAAACACACCAUCCUGGAAUGUGAGCGAAGCAAUCCCGAAUCCCGACACCAUCGAAGAAGACAUCACUCCAGAAUUGGUUCUGAAACUUCUAAAACAGUCUGGUCUUCCUCACAAUAUCUCUCCAGACCUAUUCAAGAAGAUACAAGAUGCAUUGAGAACACAGGUUGGCUUCAUUGAUGAGCUCUACGAUCCAGGAAUGAGCCAUGGCGAGAGACGUGCCAAUAAUAAUAGAAUCGCCAGAACCCCUUACUUUGAAGCAUUUAUUAAAGCAAGUUGA